AUGCAAUUUCGCUACUCGACCGGCACCUCCAACCCAUUUACCUUCCCCUGGGAAGCUGGCAUUCCCAACACCCCAUUCUGGGACACGUUCUCCUUCAGCCAAGCGGCCUGUAUCUUAAAGGCCCUCCCUCCCAUUGAGCUAGGAAUACGACCUCGACGCGCGCUACGGCUCCUCAGCAAGCCAACCAGAGAAAAUGGCCGUUAUCCUCGACAUCCCUCCAAGAAAAGAUCAAACACGAGGAAGCCAGAUACACUCUCCCAGACAACUUCCAUAACGCUGAUCAUACCCUCUACAGACGUUUCUGGCUUGCUGUCGCCAGCCCUCUCAGGCUUUUUGAUUCAUUAUGGUACUACGAGCAAAGUUCAAGAGGGUUUGGGAUUGACUGGAUCUUGUUUGGAGUGGUUGGAUAAGAAGCUGGGCAGGGCAUCGCCGCAGGGUAUUGAGGUGAUGGGGAAUAUUGCGGAGGCAGAGUGGAAGAUGGGAAGAAGGGAAGAGGCGGAGGGGAUGAUCAAGGAGGCACAUGAGUGUAUUGAUGAAUUGGAGGGGACGAAGUUUGCUGUGUAUGAGGAUGAUGAGAGGGAGUUUACGCAGGAGUGGGAGAAGGGGCUGAGGGAAUAG